CGUCGCCACGCACGUGCGUGCCCGCGAGUCUAACGUACGUUUUGCGUAUCGCGGUCGUACGUCGUGUCCCGCGGACGACCGGGCCCGGCCGCCCACCUGUUCGCCGAUUCCGCGGUGACACGGCCGCGCGCGCCAACGUGACGCGCGCGCCGAAACUAAACGCGCCCCGGAACGGUUUGCCGACCGAUCGAGCGUGUCGCUCCUCCCCGCCCGUCGCGUUGCGAUGACGAGCGUCUCGGCGAGAUGACCCCCCACGAACCAACAACAUCACCCCACCCCGCCAACCCGCGAUAAACGCCUCCCCUCCUCGUCCGCCGACACGCCUAUCGUGCGUGCGCGUUUUCCUUAGAACUCGCGCGUGUCGUCGGCGGUCCGUUAUCGCCGUGUCCUCCCUCCCCUGUGCAAACCUCGUCAUCCUCCACGAUGUUUUGUUGUCGUCCGCCGACGGGAGGGGCGUGAUAACGGCGGAAAACGCGCGGGAAAACGACCGACAGCGUAACACCUGCCCCGCCGACCGCGGUGUCGUAAUAACUGUUGUUUUCGCGGAAACGAGAGACCGCGAACGCGUGUUCCCAUAACCUUGGCGGGACUACUGUGUCAGCCGAAGCCCGCCGCGUGAUGGGCGACCUGCAGCAUUUCUGCCUGCGCUGGAACAACUACCAGAACAGCAUUACCACAGCGUUCGAGAACCUGAGGGACGACGAAGACUUCAUCGACGUGACGUUAGCAUGCGACGGCAAGAGUCUGAAGGCCCAUCGAGUGGUCCUGUCCGCGUGCAGUCCCUACUUCAGAGAGCUGUUAAAAAGCACGCCAUGCAAACACCCGGUAAUCGUAUUGCAAGACGUCGUGUUCGACGACUUGCAAGCACUGGUUGAGUUCAUUUACCACGGCGAAGUAAACGUUCACCAAAGGAACUUGAGUUCGUUCCUGAAGACCGCCGAAGUGCUCAGGGUCAGCGGGCUCACGCAGCCGUCAGACUCGUCAGCCAACGACCAUUCCGCAAGACAGUCUUCGCAGACGCCGCCAGCGGAGAACACGUUCCUGUCGCUCGCCGCACAGGCGGCCGAGGGCAGAGUGUCGCCGCACGUCAGACAGAGAAAAGGAUUCCCGCAGCAAUCGCCGUCGUCCAUACCUUCGCCCCGUUCAAAGGAAAAUUCGCCGAUACCGUUGAAACGCAACAACAAGACGUCGUCGAACCCGUCCUCGGGCGCCGGCGGCAUGGACCUUUCCGAGAGAACGUCCCAACACAGUCCCAGCUCGGCGGGCAGCCGGCCCAACUGCAACGACGACGAUGAUGCGGGCGAACGGUCCGACGGUAGCGGAGGCGGUGGAGGCGGCGGCGGCGGCGGCGGUGGCGGAGGCGGCACCAACGGCAACAGUAACGGUUUGCAUCACCACGACGAACCACCGAUGGACUACUCGCGGACGCACCACCAGCACCAGCAGGUCCCGAUACAGCACCACCAAACGACGGUGCAACAGCAGCAGCAGCAGGACACCGCGCAGAAUCUAAUAUCGCGCAAGUCACCGCCCGAGGUCAAGUCCGAGCCGAUGGACACCACCACCGCGUCGGCCGCGGCCGUCAACAGUAGCAUACCGUACGCGGACGACAGCAACGACUCGGCCGCCGACUUCACCGGCGUCCAUCCGGCCAUCGGCAUGUCCGAGCCGGACGACACGUCGUACCAGAGCCACCACUCGUACCUGGACAGCAAGUUCUUCGCGGCCGCCGGUGCCACGUUCAACUUCAGCAUGGCCGCGGCCAUGGCAGCCGACUCGUUAGCAGGUCUCAACAAUCACAACCACUCCAGUGUGAUGGAUACUCUGGGAGGCUCCAGUUCUCAAGACUGGUCAGAGGCUGGUGGAGGAGUUGGCGGCGGGGGCGCGGAGACGCUGUCCUGUUUCGUAUGCGGCAAGCGCCUGAGCACCAGGUUGACGUUGAAGCGGCACAUCGAACAGCAGCACAACCAGCCUCUGCACUCGGCCGUCUGCAACGUGUGCAACAAAGUGUUCCGCACGCUCAACAGCCUCAACAACCACAAGAGCAUUUACCACCGGAAGCCCAAAGCGUACAAAUCGUCCGGCGGCGGAAACGGUGGCGCUGCCGCCGCCGCCGCUGCUGCUACGAAAAACCUGCCGCCCCUGACCAUGUGGUACAACAGCAACUGACACAAGCUGCAGAGGAGCGCCUAAAAUCCAAAGAACAAACAACGAUCACAUCUCUCUACGGCGUUCCACCCUUGAAGCCUUCGGGUCGUUCGCGACUCCGCCGACACUCCGAUUCGUAACGAUUACAUGUAUUUAAGUAUAUCAGAACACCUCCUGUACGCGCACACCACCGAUAGCUGCUACGCUACUAGUACUACUUCUUACUUUUGCUGUCGUCCGACUCCACUAUUGGUCUAUAUUGGUCUUGGUAAUAGCGUACUGUGCAGUGGCGACCGUCGUCGUGCCCUCCUCUGCUCUCGUCAUCAUCGUCGUCCGUCCGCCGCCCGCCAUUGCACCGCAAAAUAGGACGAAAAAAACAGGAAACAAAAAUGAAAAAAAAAAAAAAACAGUAUUAAUUUAAU